CCGUCUCGGUAUCGUCGUGCGUUUUGCCGAAAAAAUCCAAAACCAAAUUCAUCAAACGUUGAUAAAGUCAAAAAGUGCAUACAUAAAAGUGAGAAGUUCAUCAGGUUCAGGCUGCGACAAGAGAAUAAACAGAUCGCAACGCCCGACGCCGACGACGACGAAGGAUAAAAGGUCACAAAUGCAGCAAACAACAGUUAAUCGCAAGAAAUGGCUGUUGAUUGUGAACGAGCUUCGAAUCAGUAUAAAUCCAAUUGUCGCCAAGAAAUAACACUAACAAAAUUACAGUGAAUGCACGCAACAGACGCACACAGAUACACACACACACACACACACACACUAACAUAUAAAAGCGCGCAAGAACGCACAAACAAUCAACCUACCCAUCCACCCACAGACAGACACACACACACACAUAAAACAUUAAAAGACAAGUGAAAAUAGUGAGACUAGGCUAACAAAAAGAAACUUCAAUACAAAUAAAAGCAUUCAACCGACGAGAGGGAGAAGAAGGAAAUCCACAUUUUGUAAGCAUAUCUUAAGCGAAGGAAUACACAAAAUGUUCAGCUUCCAUAAACCACGCGUUUACCGCUCCGCCGACGGCUGUUGCAUCUGCCGGGCCAAGUCGAGCAGCUCUCGCUUCACGGCCUCCCGCAAAUACGAGAAGGAGUCGGUGCUGUGCUUCAACCUACAGGAGCCGCGCAAUGGCGAAAUCUGCAACGCGUGCGUGCUGCUUGUGAAGCGCUUCAAGCGCCUGCCCGUCGGCAGCAAGCGCCAUUGGGGUCAUGUGGUGGAUGCCCGAGCUGGUCCCGGCACCAAGUCCAUGGCCAAACAGAAGAAGCGCGAGAACGCAGAAGCUGGAGACGCAGGAGGCAGCGGCGGCUCCAGUGGCAGCUCUUUUAUACCCGAGAAGUUUGCGAAGAUCUUUAAGAAGAAUCGCAAGGGCAAGAUAACAGCCGUUCCAGGAGCAGUAGCAGCGGAACCAGUAGCUAGGGGCCAUCCACGUCCCAGCAGCUCCUCGCCCGCCUCCGAGCACCAGCAGAGCGACUCCAACGAGAGCAACGACGAGGAGCAAUUACCAGUGGCGGCUCCCUAUCAGACCAGAAAGCGCACGGCAGCAGCGACCGCAGCCCAGGCCGAGCAAGGGCAAACCAGCAAGCGGCUAAAGCUCACGGGCAGCAAGCGACGCUGCCAGCUGUCGCCCAAAAAGAAUCGACGGGCCGUGGACAAUGUGCCGUUCUUCGAAGAGAGCGAUCUGAUACGAUUGGAGGUCUGCUGCGGCACCGUCUUCCAGAGUCUGACUCUUGGCAUGUGUUGCUAUAUCAUCGAUCCGAUGCUUUACAAGCCAUGCGAGAAGCACCAGCGCCUCAGGCGGCAGCAGGCGGAGAUGGCAGCCGAAGCCGCCGCUGCAGCCGCCGCCACAGCCGCCAAGCCAAAUGGGGCUCCAGCUGCAGCUGCAGCCCCAGUUUCGAUUCAAGCUCCAUCACAAAAGCAAGAAAAUAUUGUGACAAAUCCGAUGCCGGCCAUGAAGAAGCAUCAUUUGUUCUUUAAGCGACAAUCGGAGUCGUUUCCACAGGGCGAUAUCCAUAGAAUAAGUCCCAUUCCACUGAACAAGACUGAAGCCACGACUCUGGCUCUGCCACUGCCACAUUCCACGAUGGCCACCGCGAGCCUGCAUCCGGGCAUGACCACCACAUCCGUGGGCGCGGCUUCACCCUCGUCGCUAUCCUCGUCGUCCAACUGCUCGACCUCGUCGUCGGUGGCCACCAAAUUCAACGACAACUCCUGGGACUCGGGCUUCGAUGAGCAUGUCCUCGAGCGCAAAUCAAACGUCAGUCCCCCCACGGACGAGCAGAAGCAGCGCGGCGUCACCACGGCUGGUGGCAUGCAGCUGAUACUGGCCAGCGGCCUGCCCAUAACUGGUCAGACCCAGAACCUUGUGCUGGCCGGCAAUGAGUUUAGCGCCAGAAUGGUCCAGCAGCGUCAGAAGUCGCCCGAGGUGGUGGUGGCCGCUGGAGAUAAAAUCGUCGCUGGAGCUGCACUGAAAAUCAAUGUCGUUGGAGGAUCUCAGGGGAAUAGUAAUAAGAUUCGUGCAAUAUUCAACAAUGCCAACACCAUUCAGCAUGAGAACGGGGUGACCACCAUACUGCCGGCCUCUUCGCUGGCUGCCAGCAAUCAGACGGCCGCCAUGAAUGCCAUAGCCCCCAGCACGGUGACCAUAACACCGGCCAAGAAGGGUGCCAAUGCCACCGCCACUGCCACCGCCACUGUGGCUGUAUCGGCAGCCAAUCCCAAAUUUAUACUCGUCAAGCCGGCAAAAUUUAUUGGCCAGGCGGCUGUGGCAGCAAUCCCCCCACCCUCCGCAAAUGCAAAGAUCUAAAUGAGCAGCACCCAGGCCAGGAACGAGAGCGAGACGGAGGAACCAACCAACCAACCAACCAAUGGGUGGGCAGGGAGGUACAGGGACUUGGUGGCCAACUUGUUGAUCUAUUACUUUAAAACAAAACAAAACUAUUUAAUACGAAUAUAUUAAUAAUAUAUAUAUUUUUUUUUGUAACCCCUAUUCAUAUUUUACAUAUCUUAAGCGACGGAGAAACGAUUUAUAUAUAUUUAUUGAGAGAUUGAGAGACGCCACAGCAUUUGUACAUAUGCAGCACACGAUUUAUACGGUUGAUUCACGCAGAGCAGCAUCAAAUGUUUUACCAACGAGUAAUAUUUUUGUAGUACACGAUGAACGAAUGGAUGAUGCUGAGUCGAGAAUAAUACGUUUUUUUUUGUGACACAUUCAAUUUUUUUUGAUUUAAUUUUUUUUGUACUUUUCGAUGGCAAACUAAUUAUAGAUAAAUACUCAGUCCACUCCUGCUCCCGCCCCCCGGCAACCCCUUAAUAUAUUCAUAUGCAAAAUCCUAAUUUAGAGAUUAGUUUAUGUAAAUAAGAUUAAGACCGCUCUCUGUCUAUGGUGUUUUCCUUUAAUUUUUGUUUGUCUAAUUUGAUUCGAAGCCGCGCAAAAUAGGCAUCUCGCUUGCUCCUCCACAGCCUGAUACAGGUUAAAUACCGUUAUUCAUGAGUGUGGGAAGGCGCUGUCUCGUUUUGGACAGUAGCUAGUACCUUGGAUGGAAAAGUGCGUGUGUUUCUCGUGUUUGUUUUGCUGCAAUCAUUUUUGGAGAAAACAGACGGCAUUUAAUAUAGAUAUAUACAUAUAUAUAUAUAUAUUCGUAGUAGUUCAGAUGUGUAUGUAGUAGUAGUAGUACAGUGCCCUAGUAGUAUGUAGUCGAGAGAACAGAGAGAGAGAGAGAGAUGUAAAGCUCUGCAAAGGAGGAUCCACCCACGAUCCUCGAUCGAGAGAGGAGAAGCAAUCACACCCGACCCCCCCCCACUCACAAAAAUGUAGCCUUAGGAAUGCGCCUCGAAAUAACGAAAUACAAAAUACAACAAAAAAAACAAAAAAGAAGAAACAUCCAUUAAUAGAGCGUUAAAAAGGCAAAUGAAUGUUUUCUAAGCCUAGGAAUAAAAUUUAAAAAAAACA